AUUCAAGUUCAAUUACGGACGUGACGUGAGGUCCGCGAUGUGGAACAGAACCAAAGCGCUGGGGGCGACUAGUGGAAGCAGACCGGGUACAGAGGGGUCGCCGUGCGCACCAGCAGUGUGUGUGGUAAACUUUGAUCUUAACAGACUUAACCAGAGGCUUCUCCCUUUCAAGAUGUCUUUUUGAUAUAUUGGUCGGAGGUUGACCACAUUGUAGUCCGAUGCACCCUGUGGAGGCAAGGGAGAAGCAGAAAAGGCACCUUUAACAUUUGAAAGCUCUUUGAGUCGCGCUUAAUCCUCCAGGCCUCAAGGUGGUGCUGAAGCGGCUCUCGUGUGUUAAAUGACGCAGCUGAGCUAGUAUGGGGCAAUAGAAGAAGACUCGCUGUAAAUGGCCACCUCCACCUCCUGAAUGUGAGCCCGAAUAAGAUUAAAAUUACACCGAUUUGCUGAAUUCACCGGUAUUAUCAUCCUGUCAUAUAUCACAACGCACAGACUUGCAAAUUGAUUGCUGUCUGACGGACUGUCAGUCCAGUCUGGAAUCAGCUGUCCCUUCCUGCCAAAUGAAGGAGAAUUCUAACGCCACUUCUGGGAGUUUCGCCACAAAUCUGGAUCACAUAAAACCAUGCUGGUACUGGGACAAGAAGGAUCUGGCCCACACCCCGUCCCAGUCGGAUGGCCUGGACCCGGCCACAGAAGCCCGAUACAGACGAGAGGGAGCCAGGUUCAUCUUUGACGUUGGAACUCGUCUGGGACUACAUUAUGACACGCUGGCGACCGGGAUAACAUACUUUCAUCGUUUUUACAUGUUUCAUUCUUUCAAGCAGUUCCCCAGAUAUGUGACCGGGGCUUGCUGUCUCUUCUUGGCUGGUAAAGUGGAAGAAACCCCUAAGAAGUGUAAAGACAUCAUUAAAACGGCUCGCAGUCUGCUCAACGACGUGCAGUUUGCCCAGUUUGGAGAUGAUCCAAAGGAAGAGGUCAUGGUCCUGGAAAGAAUUUUACUCCAGACAAUCAAGUUUGAUUUACAAGUGGAACACCCCUACCAGUUUCUUCUGCGCUACGCUAAACAGCUAAAAGGGGAUAAGAACAAAGUUCAGAAGCUUGUGCAGAUGGCGUGGACAUUUGUGAAUGACAGUCUCUGCACAAUGUUGUCUCUUCAGUGGGAGCCAGAGAUCAUAGCUGUGGCAGUUAUGUACCUCGCCGGCAGACUGUGUAAAUUUGACAUCCAGGAGUGGACGUCUAAGCAGUCGUCUCGUCGCUGGUGGGAGCAGUUCGUACAAGACGUGCCAGUAGAGCUGCUGGAGGACAUCUGCCAUCAGAUCCUGGACUUGUACUCUCAGGGUAAGCAGCCGAUACCCCAGCAACCUCAGAUACAGGACAAAGAGAAACCACCACCACCUUCUGCAGCCCAGCCCAGUCAAUCAGGGCCACCGAACCCACCUGCUCUACUUCCUUCCAAGAAAAACUCCCCUCAGGCCAGCCCACCUGCCAAGAUUAAACGGCAACAUGUCUCUCCUAAAGAUGAACCUAAAGCCCCAGCAGAGCAAGUUGGGUCUAAAAUACCACGUCUGGAGAGUCCUUUGCCCCCUCUACCAGUCUCCCAACCCCCAGAUCGUAAGGCUCCGUCUGCUGUCCCUGUGACUCCAGUUGAAGCAGAGCCGGUUGCGUCAGCUGAACUGGACCCAGCACAGGGUCCAGCUCCUCCUCUGCCGCAGGGGGCCCCACCCCCUCUACCUCACCGCCCGCCUCCCCCUCCCCCCUCCAGCUACAUCAUGGGAAUGUCCACGUCCAGUUCGUACAUGUCAGGGGAGGGAUUCCAGAGCCUGCAAUCCAUGAUGAAGACCGAAGGGCCUUCCUACGCACCCAUGCCCCCUUCAUAUGGCCUACCUUACCACCCACAUGUCUAUCCACACCCAAACCCCCCACCUCCUGGCCCUCCACCCCCAGCCACUUACCCCCCUCCAAAUCUGCCUCCACCCACUCCAUCUUAUCCCCCGCCAGGCUACAACCCCAGCUACCCACCUCCACGCAUGCCACCAGGGCACACUGUGCCCCCUCCGGUAAUGGGGUAUCCCCCUCCGCCCGUUCCGUGGAUGAGAUGAGACGUGAUGGAAAGGUGGAGGAGAAAGUGUUUCAAUCCCAUACAUUUCUUCUUUCAUUCAAACAUGCCGUCUUUUGAUUUAAGCCCAUGAUAUGUGCCUGUCAAACUGUUUGGAAGUAUACUACUCACAGUUUGUAUCAGGAUUACAUAUGUUCUGAUGCAGAUAUCACAUCAGGGCACAGGUGUUGUAGCUGCCAAAGUGUUUUGUGGUUGAAUUGGUGUGUUAAAUCCAUGAAGCUUUAGGGUUUCACCGUUCUGCAGAUUUUCUUCGCCAGUAGUCUAAAUUAAAGGAAUAGUUCACCCUAACAUUCUCAUUAUUUACUCUUGUUGUUCCAAAUAUGUAUGCUGUUAUUUUUUUCUGUCAAACACAAAAGGAAUUUUGUUUUAAUUUUUACUCUGCUCUUAUCCAACAGCAGUGACCAUGUAUGCGCUCCAAAAACAAAAACAAAAAAACAUUAAAGCAUCAUGAAGUUGUCCAUACGACUUUAUAUAAAAUCCAAAAAAUAACUGCACAAGAUUUGGAAUGACAUGAGCGUGAAUAAAUAUUGACAGUUUUCAUUUUUGGGUGAACUGUUCCUUCUAAACCAUUUUCUCAAUUCACAUCAGCACUGACAUUCCAAACACCUUUCAGUGAAUGAAUGAGAAAAUCUUGGUUUUAUAAAUUAUUUAUUUUGUAAUAUCCUUAGGGAAUGUUUUUUCUUCAAUGUAAAUUCUUCUCUUCCCCCUUGCUUUGGUUUUUAGUUGCUGUGUUGCAAAAUUAAUGUGUUUCUGGAAAAAAUAUACCACAAAUUAUCCUUAGUCUUUUUUAUUUAGAUGUGUUUCUGGCAUCUUUGGCUGAUGUAAAGUCAAGUGAGUCCAUGAAUGGUCACAUAGUAUCAUAGUUUUUCCAUAAGUAUGCUGUGCCCAACCACCUUAUGUUCACUUGUUGAUUUUUUUUUUAGGCAGUUAAUAAAAAUACUUUUUCCCUCCUUUU